AUGACAAAGACAAGCCUUUUCGAAGACUAUGUGGUCACCGAUAGAGGCGGUGUCAUCGAAAACCGACACGGAGUCCACGCCGCAGUCGUCGAUGCCAGCGGCAAAAUCCUCUAUGCAGUCGGCAAUCCUUCACGAAUGACGCUGGCUCGCUCCGCGGCCAAGCCGGCGCAAGCUCUCGCAGUGCUCGAAACUCCAGGCUUUGACAGGGUAGGAGCGAAAGAGUCAGACCUGCGAUGCGGCGGUCACCCUUCAAUCUGUCCGGUAGUCGAUAGGUCCUGGAUCAGGGCUGACUUCACGCCCACCGAGAUCAACAAUAACUGCUCUGGUAAACAUGCGGGCAUGCUGGGCGGCGCGAAAGCUCUGGGUGCGAGUUUCGAGCACUAUCACCUCCCUCGCCAUCCGAUCCAGGUCAAAGUGAAACAAGUUGUUGAAGACUUGAGCGGGCUUAGCGGUGACGAGAUCAAGUGGGCAAUCGACGGGUGCAAUCUGCCAGCGCCUGGGCAACCUCUCUAUUCCAUGGGACGCAUGUAUGCAGCCUUUGCCGCGGCCGCGGAUGCUGUCGAGGAGGACGAAAACGCUCAACCCGCGAGAGUGAAGCGCAUGUCCGAUAUUUACAACGCCAUGGCGACGUACCCCGAGAUGGUCGGCGGAGAAGGACGUUUCUGCACUCUACUCAUGGAAGCGUACGAAGGCGGUCUCAUCGGCAAAGUUGGCGCAGACGGAUGCUACACCAUCGGUAUCCGAGCAUCAGAUUCCACGAAGAAACUUGGCGCGGAGGGAGCUGUUGGCAUUGCGGUGAAAAUCGAAGACGGAAGCCUCGAGAUCCUGUAUGCUGCGGUCCCUGAGAUACUGGAUCAGCUUCAAAUUGGGACGCCGGAGGAGCGACGAAAAUUGGCGAGCUUCCAUCAUCUGAAGCGCACCAACACCAUGGGCGUUGUAACGGGUCAGGUCUCGCACGCUUUCAGUGUUCGCCGUGUGGAUUAA